AUGUCGGCAAGCUGUUUCCGGUCCCCCAUUUUGUUGGCCUCCCAUUUUACCUGCAACCACUUCUCGCCUGUUGGGUGUGUCAGUCUGUCACCACUUGGUGAGAUUUUUGCAGUUGACUGUGAGCCUGAUGGCCUUCCUAAAGUCCUAGUGGUUAGUGAUUUACCCAGUUCACACCCACUGGAGCAAAUAUCCCUAAAAAUGUCGUUACAAAAGAGCAACUCAGAUGCCGCAAUCAAUCCUGAGAAAAGAAGGUGGCUCAGCUGCUCGGACAAGACUUCUGGUGCCCCAGCAGACACAAAGACGGUUUCUGAUACCAAAACCAAGGGUACAGAAACGAGUCCAACAGCAAGUAGCGAUGUUGCUGACCCCGGAGCUAGCAGUGUUUCCCUCCCUCACGGUACUGACCUCGAAAAUUCUGGCGACGGUUUCCAGGCUGACAACGGUGAUGAAGAUGGCGAUGUUCACGCUGAUAACGGUCACAAUAAUGCCAAGAACUCCAAUAUUCUUGGCUUGGAGGACACUGACAAUUUUAUCAGCAGUUUGGGAAGCUUGGUAAGCCAGCAACAGUUGGAGGAAGGUGAGGGUACGGAAGAGCACCGUGAGGGAAGCCUGUACCGCCACCUUGAGUCAGGGGAGGAGGCCGGUGAGGUCAUAGAUGAACAGGAAGUGGAAAGCCACUUCCGCCCCCAGGAGAUGGGGGCCGGCGAGGCUGUGACUGAGUGGGGUGAAGUGGUGCGUGAAGUACGUGAAGCACACGAACAGUCCACUGAGAACAGCAGUUAUAUGGAAGAAGACCGUGCACUAGAUGAGUGGCUGGCUUUAGAUACAUCUCCUCUCCCGAAACCUCGAUGGAAUGUCCUUAAUGCCCUUCGCGAUAGGCAGUUGGGUGCAAGUGCCCGCUUUGUUUAUGAGGCCUGUGGGGCAAGAGUCUUUGUGCAGCGUUUCUCACUACAGUAUGUUUUUGAAGGCCACGAUGGAUGUGUCAACACUGUGCAUUUUAACCAACACGGCACCCUGCUGGCUAGUGGCAGUGAUGACCUAAAAGUGAUUCUGUGGGACUGGCUUCAUCAGCGACCAGUACUUAACUUUCGUAGUGGCCACAAAAAUAAUAUCUUACAUGCUAAAUUUCUUCCUAAUUGUAAUGAUUCCCUCUUAGCCAUGUGUGGCCGUGAUGGGCAGGUACGCAUUGCACAGCUAUCUGCUAUUCCAGGCACUCCGAUGACUAAACGUUUGGUGAAGCAUGAGGGAGGAUCUCAUAGAUUGGCUUUGGAGCCAGACUCCCCAUUUAGGUUCCUAACGUCAGGUGAAGAUGGAGUUGUUUUCAGUAUUGAUCUCAGACAGGCCCAACCAGCUUCAAAGGUGCUGCUAACCAAACAUGGUGAUAAGAAAGUAGGAUUGUAUUCAAUCUUUAUGAAUCCUUCUAAUUUCUAUCAGUUUGCCGUAGGUGGGCAAGAUCAGUUUGUGAGAAUUUAUGACCAAAGGAAAAUUGAUGAGAAUGUCAACAAUGGAGUUCUCAAAAAAUUCUGCCCUCAUCACCUUCUGAGCUAUGAUUAUCCAGCAUAUAUCACCUCUGUGAUGUAUAGUUAUGAUGGCACAGAGCUCCUGGCUAGCUACAAUGAUGAAGAUAUUUAUAUUUUCAACUCUUCUGAUAUCGAUGGAGCACAAUAUGCUAAGAGAUAUAAAGGGCACAGAAAUAAUGCCACAGUGAAAGGUGUACAUUUUUAUGGCCCCAGAAGUGAGUUUGUGAUGAGUGGUAGUGAUUGUGGGCACAUCUUCAUCUGGGAAAAGUCAUCCAGCCAGAUUGUUCAGUUCUUGGAGGCAGAUGAAGGAGGAACAAUAAACUGUAUUGAUCCCCAUCCUUACCUACCUGUGCUUGCAUCCAGUGGCCUAGACCAUGAGGUCAAGAUCUGGGAACCCACAGCUGAAUCUUCCAGGAAGCUUACUGGGUUAAAGAAUGUGAUUAAAAUUAAUAAGCUAAAACGAGAUAAUUUUAGCUUGCACCACACUUCCCUUUUUGAUAACCACAUGCUUUGGUACCUCAUGAGUCACUUGACACAGACACAACACAAUUGGAGAGGUAUUAGAAUUGAAGUGGGAGGAGCAGAUUUCAGUGACUCUUCUAGUACCUCUGAAGAGGAAGGAAAUGGAGAAGAAUCACAGUGCCAGACAUCCUAG